GGGAAACGGUACCUGCUGACUGGAAAGAAAUCAAGGUUGUACCUGUACAGAAAUCAUCUUCUGGAGCAGGUAUAAAAUUUAGACCAGUCGCUAUAACAUCUCCUUUUUUGAAAACUAUGGAGAAACUUCUUUUGUAUAUUCUUAAACCUUCUUUAAAAGCUUUUAAUGACCCUAAGCAGUUUGCUUAUAAGUGUGGAAGAAGUACAUUAGAUGCAGCCAUUGUACUACACCACAAUAUUGUUUCCUGCCUUGAUAAGGGCGCUAAGUUCGUUCGAACAGCUUUCUUAGACUAUACUGCAGCUUUCGACUCUGUUCCUAGGACACUUUUAUUAGGAAAGAUGAUUUCAGCACAAACAGAGUCCUGGGCAACUAGAUGGCUGUCUUCUUAUUUUAAGGAUAGGAAACAGCAUACUGUUUUGGCUGGAAAGCGCUCCACUUCCCAGCUAACUGAAAGUGGUGUGCCUCAAGGUGCAGUACUUUCUCCAUUUCUUUUCUCUUUCUUUCUGCAUGACCUUCCGAACUCACCCAAAGUUAACUUCAUUAAGUAUGCUGAUGACCUGACCGUUUCUGUCCCUGUAGUUUCCACAUCGGAUUGUUCCUAUAUGAAUGGCUUCCUAGCUGAAGUUAAGGAUUGGUCUGGUUCAAAUGGCCUUAAACUAAAUCCAACUAAAUGUAACACUGUUGAUUUUAGCUUGAGAAGUGAAAAAGUCAUGCAUGGAUUGAUUCAAUCUAAUGAUUGUUGUAAUAUUGAUGGUACCAUGAUUGAGAGUAAGUCAAGUGUUUCUUAUCUUGGCAUUAGUUUCUCGUCAAAUCUUUGCUGGUCGUCUCAUAUUCUUAUAGUUUCUAAGAAAGUUUUCCGUCUGACUUAUUACAUAAAGAAGUUGAGACACUCAGGUAUAACUCAAUCUCUUAUCAUACAAUUUAUUAAUUCAUGUGUUUUGCCCAUCAUUCUUUAUUGUUCUCCAUUAUUCUUCCCUGGGCUACUCAAGAAAGAUCAUAUAAUACUACGAAGAACAUUGAGGGCUGUAAGUAGGGUCAGUGCUAUCCCUUUGACUGAACUAAGUGACACUGUUGUCAAUAGGCAUAUGAAUUCUUGUAAACACUUAGCUAAAGUUAUCUUAUCUGAUAGUGAACAUCCUCUUUAUUCACAACUGUUUCCUUGUAUCUCUUCGGGUAAGACCAGAAGAAAUUUUAUAAACAUUUAUGCUCGUACUACAAAAUAUAAAAAUUCGACCGUUCCAUAUUUGGCACGAGUAUUGUGUGAAGAGACAAAUAUCAGAAAAGAACUUUUACAACUUUUGAAUCAGUAACUAAACUAUAAAAUGUAAUGAUGCAUAUUAAUGCAAGUGUUAUUUGUUAUAUUAUUUAUUUAUUAUUCACUAUGACCUAGAAAUGGUAUGAUUUUGUUGGG